CCGCGCAUGCGCACUCACAGCAACAAGACAGCUGAUAACUCAUCUAUUAUGCUACUUCGCUAAAUAAAAAACCUUCCAGAAAACUACCCGACGAUCACCGCUGGACAAACUUGAGGACAAAAAAAAUAAAAAAGUGGACGGUCUGGCUGAGGUCUUGAGAUGGGAUGUUGCCUCCCCACUGGGAAUAAGGAGGAAGCACUUCGGCAGGACUGAGAUCCCUACCACCCAUCUAGACAGAAAGUUGUCGUGUGCUGCGGUCCCUCCCCCCAGGAGACGACGCCGUUCGACUGUUGUCCAGCAUGUCGGACGCCCCGGAGACCGCCCCCCCUACACCCCCGACACUCUCCAACCCCCCUCCCCCUGAAGUCACGAACCCUACCAAGCCGGGCAGGAAAACCAACCAGCUGCAGUACAUGCAGAACGUUGUGGUGAAGACUUUGUGGAAGCAUCAGUUUGCCUGGCCCUUCUACCAUCCUGUGGACGCCAUCAAACUCUGCUUGGCCGACUACCAUAAGGUGAUCAAGAACCCCAUGGACAUGGGCACCAUCAAGAAACGCCUAGAGAGCAACUACUACUGGAGUGCAAGUGAGGCCAUGCAGGACUUCAACACCAUGUUCACCAACUGUUAUAUCUACAACAAGCCAACAGACGACAUUGUGCUGAUGGCUCAGGCCCUGGAGAAGAUCUUCCUGCAGAAAGUGGCCCAGAUGCCUCAGGAGGAGGUGGCUCUGCUGCCCCCCGCACCUAAAGGAAAAACCAAGAGUAAACCCCCUCUUCCUGCCACUACAGUGAGCCAGGCUCAGGCGGAGUCCUCAGCCUCCCCUCCAACCUCCUACCCCUCCCCCUCGCCCUCCCAGACGCCAGUCAUCUCACCCACGCCCACGCCCACCCCCACCCCCACGCCCACGCCCACGCCCACGCCCACGCCCACUCCCACUCCCACUCCAGUCCAGACCAUGCCCCCGGUCUCCGUGUCUACGCCACAGCCCACGGCAACCAUCAUGCCUUCUGCUCAGCCAGUCGUCAAGAAGAAGGGCGUGAAGAGGAAAGCGGACACCACCACCCCGACUACCUCGGCCAUCUCGGCAGGGCGGGCCGACUCCCCCCCGGCCCAGGACGGCGGCAAGCAGGCCAAGAUGGUGUCGGCCCGCCGGGACACUGCCACCCGGCCCCCCAAGGCCAAGAAGGAGGGGAGUGGUGGGGAGGAGGCGAGCGAGGCGGGCCCCGCCGGCACGCCGAGCCGGAAGGGGGGGAAGCUCGGGGAGCAGAUGAAGCACUGUGACAGCAUCCUGAAGGAGAUGCUGUCCAAGAAGCACGCCGCCUACGCAUGGCCCUUCUACAAGCCCGUCGACGCCGAGGCCCUGGAGCUACACGACUACCACGACAUCAUCAAGCAUCCCAUGGACCUCAGCAGUGCUCGGAAAAAGAUGGAUAACCGAGAGUACAGCGACCCCCAGAGCUUUGCCACGGACGUCAGGUUAAUGUUCUCUAACUGUUACAAGUACAACCCCCCGGACCAUGAGGUGGUUGCCAUGGCGAGGAAACUGCAGGAUGUGUUUGAGAUGCGCUUUGCCAAGAUGCCAGACGAGAGUUCGGAGGCAGCGGUGCCGUCCACCACCCCAGUGGUCAGUAAAAGCACCGCCUCCUCUGACAGCAGCAACAACUCCUCCUCCGACGAAUCAUCUGACUCUGAGGAAGAACGGGCCACACGAUUGGCUGAGCUGCAAGAGCAGUUAAAGGCAGUCCACGAGCAGCUCGCCGUCCUGUCCCAAGCUCCCGUCAGCAAACCAAAGAAGAAGAAAGAGAAGAAGGACAAAGACAAGAAGAAAGAGAAGGAUAAGGUGAACAAGGGAAAGCCAGAAGAGGAGAAGAAACCCAAGGCCGCCGCCCAGCAGGCCAAACCAGCCAAUCAGAAGAAAGCUCCGACCAGGAAAGCCAACAGCACGGUGACUGCCACCAGGCAACCCAAGAAGGGGUCCAAGGCGGGCGGCCCAGCCAAUGGAGAGGAGGGGGAGGAGCCAUCGCUGCCCAUGUCCUACGACGAGAAGCGACAGCUGAGCUUGGACAUCAACCGUCUUCCUGGGGAGAAGCUGGGCCGCGUGGUGCACAUCAUCCAGUCCAGAGAGCCCUCGCUGCGGGACUCAAACCCCGACGAGAUCGAGAUCGACUUCGAGACGCUCAAGCCGUCGACGCUCCGAGAGCUGGAGCGCUACGUCAAGUCCUGUCUGCAGCGCAAGCAGAAGAAGCUACUGCAGAAGGCAGCUGGGGGCGGGGCAUCGGGGGGCGGGGCUAGCCGUUUGAGUGGCAGCUCCUCUUCGUCCUCGGAUGACAGCUCCUCGACAGGCACCUCCUCUUCCUCAGACUCUGACUGAAAGCACACACAAAUCAAACACACACACACACACCCACACGUGCAUUCUAAUGCUAAGUUUUAUACUGUAAAAAGACCACACACAUACAGAAAUACAUAUAUAUAUAUUAACACGCACACACAGACACAUGCAGAUAUGCAGACACACAAAUACAUAUGUGGCCAGAUUGGGAGACUGUGUAAAUAGGCUGAGCUGUUUUUAGUUCCUAGUGUCUUUUAUUGAAACCUAGACAGACAGACAGACGGACACACCCGACCAGACGUGCAGGACAGAGCGAGAAAGACGGACAUAGAGGAAGGAGCUCUCCUCGAUGCGACAUGACCUACCGACCUGUUGACUGACUGUCUGACUGAGGGAAAGGGGGGGUGGGGGUGGUGGUCUUUCCUUUUUGUUAUUUUUUCUUCCCAUCAUGAAUUGCCCUUCGAGGAACACUGAACCUUGUUGCUGUGGAAACCAAGAUUUUUUUUUUCUUCCUCUCUCCUACUGGGAUGGCCUGCCCAGACCUCUGAAAACAUUCCAGAGCCAGCAGUAGGUUGUCACAUGAGCAAACAGACUCACCACAGGGUGGCAACAUCACAGGAAGGGGUGUGUCCGCACCCCCUGUCCUCCUUCCUACGCCCGUCCCGCAGGCCUCCUCGCGGCUCCUCCACACGACGGCGGGGUCCUCGGGAGCGCCUUCAUCAGAAUCCUCUUGGGGGCACGUGUGUGUGUGUGUGUGCCUCACCAAGGCCGCAUCGCAAUUUCAGCUUGUUGGAAAUAAACUGCUCUUAUUGGCAGAGCUGUGCCCGUGCAACACAGGUUGUGUAUGUGUGUGUGUUUGGUUGGUAUGCGUGCAGUCGGGCUAGGCUAUGAUUUUUUCCAAGGCCCACACAUUGCCCCUUGUAUCUGCUGUCAUGGAAACAGUGAGCUGCCUCGGAUUUGGUCUGCAUUACCCACAACUCCCUCCUGUUUCCUGCAUCGAUGCAGUGCUAGCCGAUCAAAUCAUCUCAUCUCUACCACCCUCGGCCUGUAUGUCUUUGUGUUGGGGCUAGAAGUCCUUGGGUUACCCUUUGACCUCUGUGUAAGAGGGAAUCUGUGGAUGCUCUGUCCUGUGUUGUUGUGGAAACCAGAGCUGGUCAGGAUUAUUAUGGGCUGUCAUCAGACUUGCCAGACACGUGCAGACACUAACACCCCAUCCUCUCCCCCUUUAAAAAAAAAAGUCCCUUCCCUGCAUAUUCACCUUUGUUUUUAGUUGAUGGUCGGUCGAGCGAUGACUAUGAUAAUAGCUAAUUUUUGUAUUUUAAUAAGAAAGCUGAAAAAAAGUUUUGUGUAUUUGCAUGCACUCCGGCUGUACGUUUCUUCUGUCUGUUUUGAGCACUGUAAAGUAGCCGUACGCUUAGAGGGACGCUCCGCUCGCUAGAGUAGAGACAGACACGCAAAACCAACUAGUCCAAUAUUUGAUGUAAUUACUUAUAUGGGAUCCUUAUUUUCUGAGUUUCUUUGUUUUCAUAAAUAAACACAUAAACCUACCACAGUCUCGCUCCCUUUUGCACACAUAAAAACAAAUGGUUUUGAUUACGAAGAUCACAUGAAUAAAUUAAUUUAUUGGAGAAUUCAUAUUCAACCGCCAUCGACAGUCGCACCAUGAAAGGUGGUGUUUGAUUAAUACUAGUAGAGCUUUGCGACGUGUUAAAUGAAAGGUGGAUCCUAUAUAAAUCUUCAGCCUGAUUGACUGCCGCUGCCGCGUGUUAUUGUUACCAUGACAACCGGCCCGGGACAGGUGUCUUCUCGAUCUGACGACUGUUUCCGCCACCCCAUCCUCGAAGUUCAUGAAUACGAGUACAUCCACAAACACCAGGCUUCUGAAUAAUUGAUAGGUUGGAAAGAUCGGCAUCGUCCUGGGCAUGUUAGACUACAUGAUGAGACAGAUCUUGGACCUGCUGCCCUCCGUGGGAACGACCCCGUUCCCUAAGGUUUUCCUGUCGCGGACCACCACGGCCUGGUUCCCGUGGCUGCUGUACCAGGCGGACUGACUGCGGCUCAGGUAGUUGGCCGGAGGGCCGCCCUCCAGCUCCGUCUGCUGCUGCUGCCAGAUCAGCAGCGAGGUGUCCCGGUACCGGAGUCGGGCGUAACCCUCCGCCAGAGCCUUCUGGGCUAAGGGAGGUCUCUCCUCCGUGGUGGAAGCAUUGUUCACUUCGGCACUACCGAGGGAGUCAUGGGCUAAGGGAGGUCUCUCCUCCGUGGUGGGAGCCUGAUUCACUUCGGCACCACCGAGGGAGUCAUGGGCUAAGGGACGUUUGAGCUCCGUGGUGGGAGCCUGGUUCACUUCGGCAUCACUGAGGGAGUCAGACAUCGCAGCCCAGGACGAGGCAUGGUGACGGGGGUCACGGUUCUCACCGAAGCGGGUUACCGUUUAGGACGGGCACAGAGCACCAGGAACACACGUGAACUCCACUCAGAGAAACGUUAGGCGCUCUUCUGGAAGAACCAAUCGAAUAAGAUCCAGUGAGUUACCUCAAAAACUGCUACGUCGGCGGACAGGCUGAGAUUUAAAUGCCCUGGCGUCGUCGUCGUCAAGCAGUUGAUCCGUUACCAAGCAGCUCGGAUAUGACCGUUUCCUUUCCAGCUCGUUAAAGUACAAGCGAGAGAUAUCACACAUUUGAAUCUUUGACUUGUGGAUAUUAAUAAAAUGUACAAUAAACGAAAACUAGAAGCCAACAAAACGUUAGCAUCCGUUCCAAGAGU